ACUUUAUCAAAACUUCUGUUCGACGUCCUUCAGGAGUUACCCGCCGUGGCCGUACGAGCUAUCUCGCGGGCGUUUGCGAGGAUCCUAUCCAAGCAAACCACACUCCGUUCACGUAUGUGCUGGAGAGCUGCUGGAAACAAGCAACCCCAAUUCUACAAAGCACCCUGGAUACCCCCAACGCACAAUCCCACUCUUCUCCUCUCCUCGCUUGUCCCUGGGUUCCAUUCCGAUGCAGCACAUCAGGGUCCUUUCCCUCGCGCUCCCACACCGCAGUCACCAACGCCAAGCCGAGCCUCUUUCACUGCGACUCAGAUUGACCGCGCAAUGAGCACUGACGUAUUGUUCCGUGUUGUCGCCGUGACCCUAUUGUUCUCGUGCCAAGUCGCGGCCUUUACAAACACAGUUGUCGAACUUUUUUCCCUAACUUGCAACGUCCACGUUCUACGCCUACCACUCUCCAGCUACUGCGGAUAUACCGACAUACUCUCUUCUUGCUGCUUUCGACUUUCUAGCUGUCGACCUUCUAGCUGUUCAUACCGACGUACGCACACGUUCGCAACAGCUGUUCGCCCGCGUUGCUGCAUACAGCGAUUUUCUACUUGGUACGUGAGUCUCUAUCUUGCGUGUAUUCAGAGUGCCUCAGCGGGCUCGCACAUCCUGCGUGACGUUUAGACGACGGCUUGGGUCACCUUACGGUGUGCCAUGGCGAGCCCUAGAACGUUGCUUUCGCCCACUGUUCCCCUCAACCACGUUCUUCUGCUGACACUUGCUGUCCCCCAGGCUUUGCGUAGUCUUCCGGAAAGAUGCUGCUCUCGUUCGUUGCGACGCUUCUCCAGGGCUUCUAUGCCGUCUUCUUGCUGGCUGAGGAGU